AACAUUUGAGCGCACUCGAACAGAAAGGCCCAUGCCAAAUGAUGCAAUGAAUGCGAUGGCGAUAGUGGUGUAGACGCAGAACCAGAGCUCCUGAUUUUGAACGAAGAGCACAGUAACGCCAUACACAGAAGCUAGGAACAGGCCGAAGAUGAACCCAUUAAAACUUCUCACAACAUCUUGAAACCAUGGUUUGCGUCGCAGUCCGGUUUUUCGUCGACGCCAGGGAAAGCCCCGUCCAAGACUUGUUGAGACCCUGUUUAACAGUUAGAUGCCAUUUUAAAAUGUUAGCCUACUUUCAAAAUGGACCACUUUGUGGCCUAGUACUACUAGCUACAAUACAUUGGCGAAAUGAUGUGUGCGCUAUGUUGGACAUUAGCCUACUAAUUUCACUUUUUACCCUCUCAGCAAGUCUUUACGAGACUCCAUCGCUUCACACGAUCACCGUCUGUGUGGCUAUAUUUUGUCAUCCCCUAUACUUUAUCAUAGGAAAAUAUUUUGGGUUUUAUUUGUUUUCCCAUUGUAUAUUUACAAAUCCAAAAAUUGUUUACAAAACGGGAUGUAGCAAUACUACACUGUUAAAGGUUUGAUUAUGAAGUCACAAAUUUGAAUUGAUAGGAUAGAUUAUAGAACCAAUUGAAUUCGAGAAUAAAUAUUUAAAUGUUCGGAAAUUCUUUACAACAAUAAACACGAAGACGUAAAAAAGGAAAUAAAUAGAAGAGUUGGUGGUAAUGGCAGCAACAAGGAUUCAACUACAAUACCUUAAAAGCCUCAAACCACCACAUUCAGUCUUGGAGAGGAUCGGUAAAAGGAUCCUGCCUGAAUUUGCCCACCUGUUUCUCUUCAGUCAGUCAGAUACAUUUCCUAUUGCUCGUUUCUUUCUUGGAGCGCUUUUCGGUGCUGUGAGUGGUGCAGGGUUAUUUCUGGGUCUUUUUCACAACCUCCCAAUGACCACUGUACAACUGGUUGUUGCAGGAUAUGCUUUUGUUGCUGUGUGCAUUCUGGGAGGAGCAUUUUCCUCCUUCUUCCGCUGCUCGGCCCUUCUGAUGUUUCCCAGCAUCCUCGGCUCUCGGGGGAGGGCCUACCUCAUGCUGUUUGUUCUCUUUGGCCUGUACAAUGGCCCCAUCACCAACAUCCACCGCAACGUCCAGGAUGUGGCCUUCUCUAUGGGCUGCAAUAUCGAGCUGCAGAUCAAGCACAGCAAGGUGAUGUGGAAGGUGGUGAUGGACCCCUUCAUGCAGGUGAUGCAAGGCAUUAUGGAUGACAAUAAGGAGUUCCUGGAGGAAGCCAAGAAUGUGAGCCUGAGAUUCCAGAAUAUCCGGGAUGAGGUUGUGGGCCAGUAUGGCUACGACAACACCAAACCAGAGCCAGUUGCUGCUGGCAACAGCUCCCAAGACAUGUACACGGCCAAGACGAUGAUGCGAUGUGACUAUGUGGUGGAGGAAGGGAUUGAUCGGUGUCAAAAGUGGUUCAACGUCAAAUGGCAGGAGUGCAUGGACGCCAUCAAGGCCCCGGUCAUCAACCACAUCCUGUGUGUGUCCAUGAAGUUCCACUUCCUGUGUGAUGUCAUGAGAGUUGUUUUGUUCCUGUCAGUCAUGACUCCUUGGUGUCGAGAUCAGAUUCCUGUUGAGAAGAACUUUGGGAAGACGUUUGACACGCUGAACUUCUCCAUUGACACACUGUCUAGAGAGUUCAGCACCAAAGUUGUCCUCAAGAGCACAGUACAGGAAGCUGUGUUUGGAGUGUCAGUCCUACAGGAUACCUUCACAGAGAGUCUGAGUCAGUCGUUUGAGGAGACCAGGGCAGUACUGGAUCAAGUGCUGGUGAUCGUCCAGCUCCUCCUCUCAUUCACCUUUCUCACCGUCUUCACCUCGGCGUUUAGAUAUGCCUGUCAGUACACCCAGGACAUUCGCUUUGACAACAUUUACAUCACCACCUACUUCAGGCAGAUCGACGCCCGCAGGAAGACAGCGGGCAAACGUUACCUUUUGCCUUUGAAGAGAGCUGAGCGAGGGGAUUUCAUCAACCCCCUGAGCCCGGCCAUACACUCCAGCGAACUGAAACAAGUGGCGUUGGGCCUGCUGCAGGUUCUGUCUGUGGCUGUGUUUGUUGUUGUGCUGCUGGCCGUGGACCUCAUGCUCUACCACAUCUUCGACAUCAUCCGCAGACACACCUCCACAGAGUUCUCCCUCACCAGCAGUCACCAUAUAGACAUCAAGGUGGAUGGACAGUCCAUGAUGGCGAAGCUCCUGAGGAAGUCUAUUGGAGCCUUUAACACCUCCUCCAACGUGAACAUGCAGUCCACUAACGAACACUGCCUGCCCCAGCCCAGGGCCCUGACGACAGAGGACUACCUGUGGAGUACCGUGCCUCUCCUGAUGAUGGCGCUCAUGUGCUGCCUGCAGGUGUACACCAACCGCUUGCGCAGGGUCAUCGCGGCCUUCUACUUCCCCAAGCGGGAGAAGAGGCGUGCUCUGUUCCUCUACAACCUGCAGAUCCAAAGGCGCAUGUCAUACACAGACCGUCAGCGCAGGCGACUUAUGAGGCUGGGACAGUCACACAAAUCAAUGUUUCCUGGUCUACUCUCCUGGCUGGAGAGGCUUGGCCUCCGGCUGCGGAGGUGCUGGGUGUGCCAGGAGAGCCAGAGGGCCGGCAGGGCCGCAGAGUGCCCAUCACCUGGCUGCCUGGCCGUCUACUGCCCAGGGUGCUGGAGGGACGUGGACAUGUUCUGUUACGCCUGCACCCUCGUCCCCCACGGCCAACCGGAGGAGAGCUGCUCAGAUACCGACGUUCAUUAUGACGGCUAGGUGACCGGUCAUUUACGCACGCAUACAAAAUAAAAUAGUUUUAAACCGUGAUGCUAAUGAAAUGCAUCUGUGUGAAAGUGAUUUAAAGUGUGCAGUAGGUGUAAAGCAUAUUGUUUAUUAUUAGUUCUGGGUUUAAACAUAUGUACAAUCACAAUGGCAUUGCAUCCUCUCAUUAUAUAGAAAAGACAGCAAGCCUUACUGGCAAAAUACUUCAUUUCCUUACAUAAACUAGUUCCUGCCCAAAGUUUUGUAUCCUGUGGUUAGCCAGGCUGCUCAUUCAUAUCCACACAAGAUGCAUCUGUCUGGCCAGAUGUCUUUCAGAUUGCUAAACCAUAACUGAUGUCAAUGUGACGCAAUUUAAGAUAAGUGCUUGAUAAUCAUUACCACAAUUAUA